CAAAGUUUUCUGGACAAAACUUAAAAAUGCAGAUAAGCUCCAUUGCAAAUGCAUUCUUAUCUGUGGUUCUGUUGAUAAGAUGAUUAGGAAUACGAAUAACGAAUUUGUCGGCAAACAAAUAAAUGGUGAAAUGGGGCGGCUUUAUUGGUUGCAUUCUUUUAGUCUCUGAACCACCAUAGCUGCCGGCUCUCUACCCGAUAUUUUUGAGCAACUAUGACAACCGUUGCUAAGGAAUGAAAAUAUCCUUGUGUUUUGGUUCCUGCCGGAAAAAUGCAGCUGCCUUCAGUUGAAAACUAGCGAGAUGACAUUGUACUUUGACACGAAAAUAGAGUUCCUGGACUCGGAUGCGGUCAGCACCAUCAGCAGUUGGCAUCCUAGUGAACCACUCUUCGCAGUGGCCUCUUUUAGCCCGGAAAGAGGCGGUUCCGUGACCAUAUUUGCGGAUACUGGUGAGCCGCAGCGAGAUGUAACGUAUCCGGUGCACGCCACCUCGCAGGCCACCGCUCUCUGCUGGCACCCGGAGAAGGCGCUCCUGGCCAGCGGCUGGGAGCACGGGGACAUCCACGUGUGGUUCGCCGGACACAGGGAGUUCGCCAGCGUGAACGCGCCCCACAAGGCGGCCAUCGUGCUGCUGCAGUUCAGCGAGCAGGGCGGGCGGAUGGUCACGGCGGACGCCAUGGGCCUGGUCACCGGGUGGCGCUGCGACGGGCAGUACCAGUUCCUGACCAUGUUCUCCCACGACCUGCGCGAGGUGCUGCUGCUCAUCUGCUUCCGCCGGACGGUGGAGAGCGAGGUGCGCGAGGAGAUGGCCAGUCUGGCGAAGGCGGCGGUGGCCGGGGACGAGACCGCCCUGGACACCCUGACCAACUGGAGGCCGCGGACCGCAGCGCGGAGCAUGACCCACGCCGGGGUGAGGGACAACCACUGCUUCUACGCCUGCACUCAAGGCGGGGUGGUGUACUACAUCAACCAGGGAGGCGCCUGCGUCGAGGUGAUGAAGUGCGGAUCGCUGCCGCCGAUCGUUCAGAUGCUGUGGCACCCCAAGAAGGACGCUGUUAUUUGCCUGAUGGAGGACCUGACAGUCACUCUCUUUUUGGUCGAGUCCACGGGAAUCCUCACGGAACUGGAUCGCGUGAAGAUGAGCGGGCGGGGAGGAGGGAGACAGGGAGCCAUCGCCUGGUCGGGCAACUCCCUGGCCAUCAUUACAGGCGAUCUCUUCGUGCGCAUUUGGGACAUCGAGCGGAGCGACAAUUACCUGCUGAGAAUGGACCUCCCGAGCGGGAACCAGUUGAACUCGUCCCUGACCAGCCUGAGCAACGGCACCAUGUCCUCGUCGAACCAGUUCUUCAGCCACGACAGCACCGAGAGCAGCAGCGUGCCGCGCAAGACGCCUAAGUACGGCCAGAUGAACGGAGAGGUGUUCACCUGCCUGGCUUACAGCGCCACGGGCCAGACUCUGUGCGCGGGCACCUCCCAGGGAAACCUCUUCACCUGGAAGCGGAGCGGGAGCCGGCUGGUCAACGCGCCCGAAGACGCCUGGCAGCUGACGAACAUUUCCUCCGUGAGGGGAGCCAUCCGGAGCUGCGAGUGGGGCUUCAACGAGCUGUCCAAGCCGUGCAUGCUGGUCAACUGCCUGUCCAACGUGUUCAUGCUGAAGGAGCAGCCCCUGCUGGCCUUCCACACCCGGGACCUGUGGGCGGUCCAGCGGGCGGCCAAGUCGGUGCAGCUGACGCACUGCAGCGGUCGGGAGACGACCGUCCAGUCCGAGUUCGCGGUGACCGCCAUGGCCCUGAACGAGCUGAGUCUGGUGAUGAGCAACGGCAGGAGCAUCUCCUCCUACAGCCUGCAGAGGGUGGAAAAGAGCCUGGACGAGUUCGAUGAGAUCCUGGAGGCGGUGGAGGGAGCUUCGCCCCCGACGGCCACCACGGCGACUCCCCUGAGCGUGAAGCUGCUCCAGACCUUCCCCGCCGAGUGCUUGUCCCUGAGCCUGUUCAACCAGAACAUAUUCUGCCUGGCGAGCAGCGACAUCAUGGUCUACUCCGUGGGCGGGGUGGUGCUGCACCGCAUCCAGGCCAGCGACAUCGAGGGGAAGAUCAUCGGCAUGGACCUGAGUGGCUGCUACCUGUCGGUGUUCACCAUGAACGGCUACGUGAAGGCCUACGACGUCUCGCGGCACGAUCCCAAGCUGCUCUUCCCCAGCAAGUCCGGCCACGACAUAUUCGACGACUUCGGGGAGUUCAUCCUGGUGAAGUGCAACAGCCUGGGCAGCCACCUGGCCAUGGUGAUAGCCAGCAGCAGCUUCACCCCCAUCUCGGCCCUCUUUUGCUGGGACUUCGAGCGGAACAACAUAUUUGAUUACGGCCUGCUCGACUCGCAGGAAACCAGCUCCAAGAAGGAGAGCUCCUCCUCCAGCCUGCCGGUUCGGAUCUUCUGGGACGCGGAGGAGCCGCGACUGCUGGCCAUGGAGGUCAAGUCCAUGGUGCAGAAGAGUGCGCCCCAGAAGAACUCCCCCCAACCAGUCCACUUUGUCCAGGCGAAGACGCUGCUUCUGUUUUACUCGGAGAAGGGGUGUCUCAACGUCCUCGAAAGCCAGGCGAUGAGCCCGGGGUCCCAGCUGCUAAAUCUGUGUGUGCCCAACGUGGUCCGGCUGAAGAUCAACGCGGUGGAGGAGCAGCCCCUCCAGGACUUCGUGGACCUGCAGCAGUGCGAUCCCGUGACCAGGAAGCAAGUCCUCAACUUCAGCCUCUACGUGGCGGAGGGAAACAUGGACCUGGCCUACCGCAGCAUCCGCUCCAUCCAGUCCAAGGUGAUUUGGACCAACCUGGCCAAGAUGUGCGUGCACACGAACCGCCUGGACGUGGCCAAGGUGUGCAUGGGUCACCUGGAGCAGGCCCGCUCCGUCCGCGCCCUCCGGCAGGCCAUCGAGGACGACGACCUGGAAACAGAGGCUAAGGUGGCCGUACUGGCCACCGAACUGGGCAUGAUCGAGGAGGCCAAGGAGCUGUACCGCCGCUGCAGGCGCUUCGACCUGCUCAACAAGCUGCUCCAGGCCACCGGCCACCUGGACGAGGCGCUGCAGGUGGCCGAGAGCGAGGACAGGAUCCACCUGAAGCACACCUACUACCAGAAGGCGCAGGAGCUGCGGGAGAGGGGCGACCUCAAGGGGGCCCUCGAGUUCUUCGAGAAGACGCAGAGCCCGGCGCAGCACAUCACGCAGCUGCUGCUGGAGAACCCGGCGGCCAUGAAGCGCUACAUCCAGACCACCAGCGACCCCAAGCUGCUCAAGUGGUGGGGCCAGUACAUCGAGAGCUCCGGCGACAUGGACGCCGCUCUGGCCGUUUACCACAAGGCGGAGGACUGGUUCUCGCAGGUGAAGAUCCUCUGCUACUUGGGCAAGAUCUCGAAGGCGGACGCCAUCGCCCGGCAGUCGGGGGACCGGGCGGCCUGCUACCACCUGGCGCGCCACUACGAGAACGUGGGCAAGUUCCAGGAGGCCAUCAUGUUCUUCACGCGGGCCCAGACCUUCAGCAACGCGAUCCGCAUCUGCAAGGAGAACGACUUCCAGGAGGAGCUCUGGACGGUGGCCAGCUCCUCGCGGCAGCGGGACAAGGCCAUCGCAGCGGCCUACUUCGAGGAGUGCGGCAACUUCAAGCACGCCGUGGAGCUCUACCACCGCGCCGGGAUGCUGCACAAGGCGCUGGAGAUGGCCUUCGAGAGCCAGCAGCCGGAGAUCCUCGAGAUCAUCGCCUCGGACCUCGUGCCGGAGUCGGACGCCGAGCUGGUGCACCGCUGCGCGGACUUCUUCUGCAGCAUCGAGCAGUUCCAGAAGGCCGUGCAGCUGCUGGCCAAGACCAGGCACCUGGAGAGGGCCCUGGGCACCUGCCUGGAGAAGGGCGUGCCCGUGACGGAGGAGCUCGCCGAGAUGCUCACCCCGGAGAAGGGCGAGUUCGAGGAGGCCACGCGGGUGCGGCUCCUCGUGCAGCUGGGCGAGCUGCUGCAGCAGCAGGGCGACUACCACAGCGCCACCAAGAAGUUCACCCAGGCCGGGGACAAGAUGCGGGCCAUGAAGAGUCUGCUCAAGUCGGGCAACACCGACAAGAUCGUCUUCUUCGCCAACAUGUCCAGGCAGCGCGAGGUGUACGUCAUGGCCGCCAACUACCUGCAGGCCCUGGACUGGCAGGCGGAUCCCCAGGUGCUGAAGCACAUCGUCAGCUUCUACACGAAGGGCCAGGCCUUCGACUCGCUGGCCAACUUCUACGCCAUCUGCGCCCAGAUCGAGAUCGAGGAGUUCCAGGACUACGGCAAGGCCCUGACCGCCAUGCAGGAGGCGGCCAAGUGCCUGGAGAAGCUCAGCCACGCCCAGCACGCCUACAACAAUCUGCAGCGCACGGUGGCGGAUGUGAAGACGAUCCUGGAGGUCCAACAAGCGCUGCGCGAGGGCGACCACCAGCUGGUCAUCGGAACCUGCCGCAGCAUGCUGAUCAAGCCGGAGCUGCCGCCCAUCCGCCACGCCCACAUCCUGUCCAUGCUGAUCCGGUCCCUGGUCUACGCGAAGCAGUAUUCCGAGGCGGGUCGCGCCCUGAAGGAGCUGGCCGUGAAGGACCACUCGUGGAGCGCCUCAGGACUGGUGGACCGCGGCACGGUUCAGAGGAUCGCCCAGGAGUGCGACCUGGAUUUCGACCUCAUCUGGAACUCCGGUCGCCAGGUGACCGCCUCCACGAGCGGCACUGCCGCCACCGGAAUGAGCAGCACCUCGGCCAUGACGACCAGUGAGGAUGACGAGGCCGAUGACGAGGAGAUCACCGAGGAGCUGCACUAGGUUUUGCAGGGCUCAUAAAAAGAACAUCUUACGUCUUGAAACCACAGAGCACCAAUAACACUCUCGAUAAAACCAUUCGAAGAUCCUCUCUGAAGCUCAAAAUCUCAGACACGGCUGAUUAUUAUUUUCUUCUAUUUUAUUAAUAUUAAAAAACAAUAUAAAUAAUGAAAUUA